CUCUUCCACACUACUUUCCAAAAAACAGCGUUCCUAUUGAUCACCACAAGUUCUUGGAAAUUCAUUUUCUUUAACAAACUUUCUUCUAUUCCUUCUAGUUCUAGCUUAACAUAUAUGAACAUUCAAUUCAUGUUACAAGUUUAUUUUUCAUUCACAAUCAAAGAAAUUAAACCGCACACUUUAUAUUGUUGUCAACUCACGUAGUCGGACCUACCAACAACAAGACGACUACUCUCCAAUGGGCAAUUCAUUAGCAUCAUGUUUCUCUGAGAAAAAUCAAGCUACAAAAUUUAGAAGAAACAACAAAAGUAGUAUUCGUAGUAGAUCAUCUAAUCGUCGUCUUCCUCCUCCUCCUCCUCCAUGUAUCUCAAGAUCAACUAGUCGAAAAUCGGAUAGAAUUCAUCCAAAUUCUUUGAGAAUUCAUGAGGAUAAUUGUGAUGAUUAUAAUUAUAUUCGUGAACAAGCUCGAGUUGCUGCAGCUUUGUUACUACAACAUCAUCAACAAAAUGGAACACUUACUCAAUUUGAACGUUCAGUUUCUCUUAGAGACCCUUUAGCAUCUUCAUCUAGGAGGCAAAAGAAGAAUUUUAUGCCUAGAAGUUCAAGUUCUCGUGCCAGAUCACUCUCUGAUUCACUUCCUCAUCACUUAGAGCUUCUUGAUCAGGGCACAAAUGUUGAAGAUUUGAAGAAUAAACAUUUUGUUCUUGUACAUGGAGGUGGUUUUGGUGCAUGGUGUUGGUACAAAACUACUACACUUCUCAAAGAAUCUGGAUAUCAAGUUGAUGCAAUAGACUUAACUGGUUCUGGUUCACAUUUUUUUGACUCCAACAACAUUACUACUCUGUCCCAAUAUGUGAAACCCCUCACUGAUUUCCUCGAACAUCUCGCCGAUGACAAGAAGGUCAUAUUAGUCGGGCACGAUAUAGGGGGUGCUUGCAUUUCUUAUGGAAUGGAAUUGUAUCCAUCAAAAGUCUCUGCAUCAAUUUUUGUUGCUGCAGCAAUGCUGAAGAAUGGACAGAGUAUACUCGAUAUGUUCUCCGUACAGCUUGGAUUGAACAAUCUAUGUCAACGCGCUCAAAUUUUUCGCUAUGCAAAUGGGAAGAAUCAUCCUGCAACUGCUAUAGAUUAUGACAAGUCAUUACUCAAAGAAGUAUUAUUCAAUCAAACCCCUGCUAAGGAUGUUGAAUUAGCAUCAAUGUCAAUGAGGCCAGUUCCUUUUGGACCAUUAGCAGAGAAACUUUCACUUUCUGCAACAAAUUAUGGUUCCAUUACAAGAUACUAUGUCAAAACACAAGAUGAUUUUGCAAUUCCUUCAUCCCUACAAGAAGUCAUGAUAGAUUCAAAUCAACCUGAACAAGUUUUCGAGAUCAAAGGUUCCGAUCAUUCGCCUUUUUUGUCAAAACCUCAAGCUCUCCACAAGAUUUUGGUAGAAAUUUCCAACAUUCCUCCAAAAAUAAAUCACAAAACCAUCUAAAUAAAGAUGGAUAUAUAUGAGCCAAGACCAUUCUUUUCAACGACAUGUUCCUAUAUAUGUACAUAUCAAAUACAUGAUCAUCACACAUAUAUAUCAUGAAAUACUUUUGAAA